AUGGCGACGGUCAUCUCACUGUUGGCUAACCACUGCAACAGUCCCUUCGAGCAGCAUCACCAGCAGCAGCAGCAGCUACUCCAGUGUCCAGUGUACGAGCCGGGACCGGUAACGCUACAGCAGCGAUACAGCGGUACCGGCGGCGGCGGCGGCGGCGUUGGUAGUGGUCGACACCGAUCCGAACCGGCGGCGGCGUAUCAGCAGCAGCAGCAGCUGGACGCGUUAGAUUUUCAUCUGUUCAGCCGAACGCUCGAGCAAGAGUUCGAACAAAUGGAAUACUCCGGAAGUUCCGGUCCUUACCAACAGUACCAGCAGCACGAUCAGCAGCAGCAGCAGCAGCAGCAAGCAUCAGCAAGACGUCAAGGGCAGCAAGAUUUCGAGCAGAUCUCGCCCGGCUACAACCUGGAUAGCGAGGACACGUACAGCGGUUCGCCGAACAACUUCCAGGACUACCAGAACAACUUUGUCGAUUCACCGCCCGAUUCUAAGGAACCGUGGCCGAUCGACUAUAACAAGAUGCACACCGUGAUCGCGUCGAGCAGCGGUGCCAACGAUACGACGAACGCAUCGCCGACCGUCACGGCGGUCGCGGUUGCUACAGUGGCCGGUCCCACGAUUGCUGCCGUAACCUCUCUCCAUCAUCAGCAACAGCAGCAGCAGCAGCAGCAGCAGCAGCAGCAGCAGCAGCAGCAGCAGCAGCAGCAGCAGCAGCAGGAUAAUGGUGGAAUAUUCUUAAACAACGCCAUACUUCCCAGUCGAAAGCGACGGGUGGAAUGGAUGUCACCGCAGGAGGAGGACACCGACGGUACCGAGACAAAGAUUGCCAACAUCGAUAAGGAGCGUGACGCACGUCGCAAGGGAAGCAUGCGUUGGGCCGAUGAUCUUGAUUUGGACCUCAGCAAUGAGCUCUCCAGCAACGGAUACAUUAGUGAUUCGCUGUUGAAUUUCCCUGUGUUCAAGCAGGAACUUCCAUCUCCUCCUCAGAAGCAUUCUCAGCACCAGCAACACUCCCAACAACAACAACAGCAGCAGCAGCAUCAACUCCAUCAACAACAGCAGCAAAGUUUGCACCAGCAGGCAGCAGCAGCAGCAGCAGCUGCGGCAGCAGGCAGCUCACAAGAUCAUUCGCAACCAUCCCAACAAACCAGCCCGUCCGGUUUGCAACCAUCGCUGAGUGGAAAUGUUCCCAACUCUCACCAACAGCAGCAACAGCAACAACAACAACAGGUUGCCCAACAACAAUAUCACCAGCAACAUCAGGGUCAAAACUCGAUGAACGGUCCCGGUUUGAUGAACAAUGCGACUCAUCAGCAAGCGGCCGGAGCGAUCGGUGCCGGGCUGAGCAAUCUGCAGAGCUUUCUGCAGAGCAACCGGCUGGACACUGAUCCGAGUGGAGGCAUUUUGCAGAUGCAGCAGGAUGGCACGCUGACAGCGGCACGUGGUGACAAAACACAUGACGAUCAUAAUCGGUUCCAGUACGUGCUGGCGGCCGCAACCUCGAUCGCGACGAAGAACAAUGAAGAAUCUCUCACCUACCUUAACCAGGGCCAGAGCUACGAGAUCAAGCUGAAGAAGCUUGGCGAUCUGUCCCCGUUCCGGGGGAAGAUUCUGAAGAGUAUUAUCAAGAUAUGCUUCCACGAGCGCCGGCUGCAGUACAUGGAGCGGGAGCAGAUGCAGCUCUGGCAGGCGUCCCGGCCCGGCGAGCGCAUCCUGGACGUGGACAUCCCGCUGUCGUACGGGUUGAUGCAGGUGCAGCCGACCAGCAGCAACCUGCUCAACACGAUCGAGGUGUUCUGGGACCCGAUGAAGGAGGUCGGCGUGUACGUGAAGGUGAACUGCAUUUCCACCGAAUUCACGCCCAAAAAGCAUGGCGGCGAGAAGGGUGUACCGUUCCGGAUUCAGGUAGAAACGUACAUCGACACCAACGGUGGGCUGCAUAAUGGUGGUGGUGGUGGUGGCGCUGCUAAUGCGGCGCCGGUCGGCGGAGUGGACGAUAAGGACGGCAUACGACCGCUCCAUGCGGCUGCUUGCCAGAUAAAGGUGUUCAAAUUGAAGGGAGCCGACCGGAAGCACAAACAGGAUCGGGAGAAAAUACUCAAGCGUCCGGUGGCGGAGCAGGAGAAGUACCAGCGCAGCUGCGACUGCACGAUACUGACCGACAUUACGACCGAUUCCGUCAUCCAGCCGCUCGGUGGCAGCUUUAGCCCCGAACACAUUAAACGAAACGUGUCGCCCCUGCUGACCGGUGGACCCACCUCACCCGGCCAGCUGAACAAGUUCGAAAACAUCAUGUCGAGCGUGCUGGGCGGUGGCGGUGUUGCACCGAACGGGCUUAGCCCGGGGGUGAAACCGACCCCGACGACGACCGCAGCGACGGCGGCGAUGGUUGUAGCGGCGGCCGCGGCUGCCGUUGCCGGCGUGCAGGCCAACCAUCCGAUCGGCAUCAGCAACGUGAGCUCCACGAACGGGCUGUGCAAAGCGUCCCCGCUCGGUGGCGAGCAGCCGAUCGGCGGUGUACUGUCGCCCCAGCAACCGAGCGAGCUGGACGAUUACGUGCCGACCAUUACGAAGGAAACGAGCCCGGGCUCGCUGGCGCAGUGGCUGGCCGUGCACCGGCUGUCCGCGUACACGAAAACGUUCGCCCAAUUUUCCGGCUCGGAUCUGUUAAGAAUGUCCAAGGAGGAUCUUUGCAAAAUCUGUGGCCUUGCGGAUGGGAUUCGAAUGUUCAACAUUCUCCAUUCAAAAGCCAUCACGCCACGUCUGACGAUCUACGUGAGCUUCGAAGCGAACAUCUACCACGCGAUCUAUCUGCACUCCAACACGAUCCCGGAGCUGGUGCAAAAUCUGUCGAAAAUUCCCGGCUUCCUGGAGGCGAUCAACGCACUCAACACGCCCAACUCGUCCGACGGGGGGCUCUGGAAUGGUGCGAGCACUUUCGGGGCGGCGGGCCGUUCGUCGCUUAACGCCGGUGGUGGCGUUGUCGCUUCCAGCAGUGGCAGUGGUGGAGCUGGCGCUAAUGGUGGUGCUGGUCUGGGUGGUAAAUUUUCCACCCCCGGUGGCAUAUCACUGUCCGUGCCGUCCCCUUCGUCUCCGCCGAUCUCGUCCUCGUGCGGCAUUGCCAAGCUGCAGCUGCUGAUUAAUGGCCCGAACGGCAUACAGGUGCUGCUGACCGAGGAUGUGCUGAACAACGUGAAGGAUGAGACACUGUUCCAGCUGGAGCUGAAAUCGAACGGAAAUAUACUGAUGAAAGCGGUCCACAGUGUUACCGCGGCCGGUGGUCCAGACUGCUCGAUCGACGACGAUGCGAACUGAUCGAUCGGUUGGGAAGGGGCAUUUUUGUUGCAUCAAAGGGUGACACGAUGCGGGAGGUGCGAUUGGGGGUUGUGGUAGCUCACUUUUUUAUGUUGUUGUUACGUACAAUAGUUUUAUACUUUAUGCUUUUGCUGUACUUUUUUUAUCACAGAAACGAUGUUUUCGGUUACGGAGUCGGGUUUAGGUACGGCAGCGCUAGUGAUAGUGUGCUUGUGUGUGUGCGCGUGUAUGUGUGUAUGGUGUGUUGUAAGGUGUAUUCGCCUUUUUGCCCAUCAAAUAACAUCUGGAGCAAGUAAAAAACAACAUCAACUUAUCCGUCGAAGGAGAAUGAUAUGGGCACAAUGUGAUUUGGGAUAGGAUGAUGGGCAGAACCGGAAGGAUAGGGAUGCAAUGUUGGGAUGUGCAGGGGGGAGUUUUUUAAAAGAAGAACAAACAAGCAUGUCCCCUCCCUUCCUCACUCACCUUCCGCGCUUCCGACAGACACCACUCUCAGGGUUUUGUGCUGUAAGCAUGUUUGCUUCACAAGGGCGCGAUGAAUCAGUAACAACGGCGUGGCUGUGGAGAGGUAAAAUGGAAAAGAAGAUCUUACGACUGGUUCGUAUACUCAAAGCAUUUAGCACAGCUGUGUGAGAAUGGAAUCGAGAGAAAGGGAGAGAAAUGUCGAAAGAGAGAGAAAAUACACCUGUGGCCACGGUAAAGUGCAAUGAACAGUAAAGUGAUAGAGUUUUUUGUUGUUGUUUUUGUUUCUGCAUCGGUAUUCAGCUACAAGAAUGCGAUAUUGAAUGCUCGUUUUUUUGCGUGGGGAAAGUAAAUAUAUACACAAACAAAAUCCGUAAACACUACAUUAGUACAAAGCAGCAUUAGGUUAAGGCGUUAGUGUUAUUUUACAAUGUUCUAGACUUAAAUGAACGCAAUCAUGUACCGAGCGUACGCCAUCGGAUAAUUGUUAAUAAUUGCCUUGAGGGUACAUGUACACACACAACACUCUGUUCUUAAUUGUCUGUUUUGUAUAAAUUAUAGUUUUUUUU